AUGUUUGAGAACUUCUCAUUCCCCUCCCCGUCCAACGGCAUGGAUGGGGAUGACCGCCUAAUGUUAGAAUGCGACAGCACAAUGAUUUCUCCACUGUCGUCUCGGUCACCGUCACCAUCGUGUAUAUCAAGACGACCUCAUCCUCUGUCACGGCCCCGGUCUCCAUACAUCCGCUCUCGUCCACAGGCGCCUACCUCCAUGCCCACCAACUAUGAAGCCUUUCCGCGUCGGAUCUCUGUCGGCACCUUGACAGCAAAGCUGAACGCCCACACGCUUGACCAGACCGCAACUGUGACGCGGCCGGCUGCUGUCUACGAACAACCACCCUCGUCCCCGCUAUCCCCCACCUCCACAUCGUUUUCGACCGGCUCAGAAUCCAUCUCCACGCGUGGAAGCAGUGCGUAUACGCUUUUGACUUCGCCUGGCGACUACGAAGACGACGAAUUCGACGAGCCAAUGUCUCUGCACUGGGAACGGGCCUCGCAUUCGUCCGGCCGUUUCCCGUCGCCGACGUCUGUUCCCUCUCAGAAUCCUGAUUUCCUUCUUCCCGAAGGCAACCGACAACCUUGCAUGCGCUCACAACGCCAGCGUCUCUACCGUGCACAAUACAGUAUCGAUGCCGUCAGGCUGGCCUUGAUGGCCGAGGCUUCUUCCAGGCGGACCUCUGACUCCUCUGAAGCCUUGCCCGGCGAUGACUGCCACCCCAGUUCCCUCCCGCCAGACGUUUCUCCAGCUCGACGAGUAUCAAGUCACAGACACCACCACAGAUCCACCCGCGGUGUCUCUCCAUCGCUAUUAGGCGGCAGCGGUAGCGGCCUUAGGUCCCGCGAGCGCACUCCACCAGAACAAGGGAUGCGCCGACGCAGCACAUCAGCGACUACUUUUGCCUCUGCAACCCGGAUCGCCAAGCCUCGUGCUCGUGAUCUACACACGAAAAAGAGUGAGCAGACGUUGCGGCGGAAGAGCCUGGUCUCUGCCGCGUUGUCGUCGAUGAUGUAUAACACGCCGAGUCCAGAGCCGUCUAGCCCAUAG